GUAAGCUGCAUGCUCCAUUGUAAAAGCACUGCCUCUGAGUAGGCGCUUUAAAAGGAUGCUAUGAAUAAGGAGACAAUUGUUCCUCUUCUCCUCCUCUUCUUCCUCCUCCUCCUCCUGUUCUUCUCACACCUCCCGCCCCGCCCCCAUGUGUUGGAUGGUUGGAUGGAUGGAUGGACUGUGUGACCGCAGCCGUAUGGGUAUUUUUUUUUCUUUUUCAGCCUCACACUCACAAUCAUCAUCAUCAUCAACAUCAUCGUCACCAUCAUCAUCAUCAUCACCACCACCAGCACCAGCAGCAGUAGCAUCAGCAGCAGCAACAAAAGCAGUCAGAUUAGCGCUGACGCAAACCAUCAUCCUGACUCUAAACACAUGGUGGAAAUCUGAGACUGGAGGCGGAAAACACCGGGAUGCUCCAUAGGCGCUGAUUCCCGAUGACUUCCAUCUUCACAUGCUGUAUUUGAGAUGCAGAGCAAACGGAGACUUGGGAGCGGAGUUACUGCUGCAGGGUGCCGCAUUGCCUGGCCACUUCUUAGCGGUACAAUAGUGUAGUGUAGAUUAAAGUCGCGUUUUAAUGGUGAUCGCUGAUUUUUUCCUCCCAUCUUUUAUGUGGCUUGAUGUUGAUGAGCGAAGGGCUUUUUGUCUGAAGUCGGAUACAGAUCCAGAUCCUUUAGGGUAUAUAUGCGUUUUGGACCGCGAUCGAUAAAUAUGACCGGAUGAAUGUACAGCAAAUUCGUGCUUUUUCUUUCUUUCUUUUCUUUCUUUCUUUUUUUUUUAUAACCCACAAAGGCAUCCUAUUUACCGGUGACAAUCAGAUUUGGGAGAAAUAACCUACACGAAGAGUGCGUGCGUGCGUGCGCGUGUGUGUGUGCGCGUGUGUGUGUGGGGGAUCUCAGGACGGGAUCAUCACUAAAGUGGUGUUUUAUUUAGGACGCAGCCACAAAUUCUAGGAUAUCACCCCUUGUUUUUUCCUUCGUGUCGGUAAGUGUGCUGGCGCGAUGACUCAUUUACAGGCGGGUCUAUCCGCCGAGACGCUGGAGAAGGCCAAGGCGGAGCUGAAGGAGAACCCUGACACCUUGCACCAGGACAUCCAGGAGGUGCGGGACAUGAUCAUUACGCGGCCCGACAUCGGCUUCUUGCGCACGGACGACGCCUUUAUUCUGCGCUUCCUGCGCGCCCGCAAGUUCAACCACUUCGAGGCGUUCCGUCUGCUCGCCCAGUACUUCGAAUACCGGCAGCAGAACCUGGACAUGUUCAAGAACCUGAAGGCCACAGAGCCUGGCAUCAAACAGGCCCUCAAGGACGGUUUCCCUGGGGUGCUGUCUAACCUGGACCGACACGGCAGGAAGAUUCUGGUCCUCUUCGCUGCCAACUGGGAUCAGAGCAGGUACACCUUUGUGGAUAUACUGCGAGCCAUUUUGUUGUCGCUGGAGGCCAUGAUUGAAGACCCAGAGCUCCAAGUGAAUGGAUUUGUGUUGAUCAUCGACUGGAGUAAUUUCACAUUCAAGCAAGCUUCUAAACUCACCCCAAGCAUGCUGAGAUUGGCCAUCGAGGGCUUACAGGACAGCUUCCCAGCCAGGUUCGGAGGCAUCCAUUUUGUCAACCAGCCCUGGUACAUCCACGCUCUGUACACUGUCAUCCGACCCUUCCUGAAGGACAAAACAAGAAAAAGGGUGAGUGAAAGGAUCUUUAUGCAUGGGAACAAUCUGAACAGUCUACACCAGCUGAUCGUGCCAGAGAUUCUGCCCUCUGAGCUUGGUGGCAUGAUGCCCCCCUAUGACAUGGGCACGUGGGCCAGGACUCUGCUUGACCACGCUUAUGAUGAGGAGACUGACUACUGCCCUGAGUCCUAUACCCUUUCUGUUAAAGACCUGGAGAAAGAUCUGUCCCCGAAAAGCAUGAAACGGUCUCAGUCUGUGGUGGAGCCUGGAGUUCUUAAACGACCAGAAAAGAUCAAAAGCGAGGAGGAGAACAUGCAGCCACUUCUUUCGCUGGACUAAAAGGCUUUUUUUUUUUCUCCUAGCAAUGAGCAAACAUCAAGGCCUGAACACUGGGGAGGAAGAUCACCCAGUUCCCACAACUGGAGUAUAUAUAUUUAAAAAAAAAAAAAAAAAAAAAGUCCAACAAAUGUUGAAAGAGAUGUAAGAUGCAAGGUGCAAAGCAUCUGAGACAGCAUUUAAAGGGAUAUUUUUGAAUCAAACAGCUAAUGGAAGACAUCCAUAUGUAAUUGUUAAGUGCCAAUUUAAACCUGUAAAUACACUUCAGCUGUAAGAGUAGGACAUCGGGAAUUAAUUGUGACAUGAAUACAAAUGUAAAGACUGCUGUGAAUAUUCUGUAUGUGCUUCAUGUAGUCAGAGCGGUGUUGUAGGGCACUGAGGGCUUUUCAUAUUUCGGGUUUCCAAAUCACCAAGUGCAAAGCUCAGGAUUGGAACGGAGAAAUAGAACGGCGUGUGGCUAUUAACCGUGUCGUACAAAUACAUUAACGCUUUCAUUAGAGUAAAUAUUGAACCUCCGGUGUUCAGGUUUUAGUCUUUUGACUUUGCAAAAACCCCUUUACGCUGCAGCAAGGCAUAAUGGAUUACAGGUUUUUUUUGUUUUGUUUUUUUCCAAAAACAUUAUUUCUGCACAGCCUGACCUUUGCCAUUAGAGUAGGAGAAGUCUGCAUAUAGCUUAGAAGAUUUGUUGAUAUCUUUUUUUUUUUUUUUUUUUUAUUUAUUUAUUUAUAGUGACAAAAUAUUAGAGAUUUUCCAUAUCUUUAUUCCAGACAGGAUGCUUAAUCAAAGACUACAAAACCUUCAUUUUUUUUAGCUAGAUAUAAUAAUAAUGGCUAGUUUAUGUUUCUUCUAAUGAAAUAUAUAUUUAAAAAAAAAAGAGAAAAAGAUAAGUAUUGGCACCGUUGUAAUAAGCCAGCAUUAAUAUACAGUAUGUAGUGUAUUGUGCUCACCUGACAGCGAUGAAUCAUCGUUUCUAUCGAUUAGAUCUGUUAACAUUAGAUAAAUAUAUAUAUAUAUAAAAAAAUAAAUAAUGUGACACUGAUGAAGCGAUUUCUAAAACCAAGGAAAGGAACAUGACAGGAACAACCAAAUGGAUACUGGAUUUUCAGCAUGGUCUUAAUGUGGUUUAGGUUCUUUCACUGCAUUAUUUAAUUCGUUUAAUUACUUCUGUCAAGUUUACAUAUAAAAUUAGACUGAGGAAUGCAUUCAGGAUACUAGUUGUGUUUAGUCCUGUUGAAAGUUUUAUGUAAAAUCGUACAAAACAAAGUAUUUCCCUUUAUAAUUUGCAGUGCCGAACGGAUUUUGCUAUUAUGAAGCUAACUUCUUUUAAAACGAUACAAAAGGUCACUAGAAGCACCCUAUUGUAAUCCCUGAAGUGUACACCCUCCAGUACACUUAAGUACAACAUUAUUUACAUAUGUACAGUAUUAUUUCCUUCAUUUGCUGAAACUCCAGAGCUUUUUUCCUGAUAACUUUUUACUGACAAAAUUCAGGCAAAUAUCAGACUUGCAAAUAUCUAUUAAAACUCAAUCAUAAAUAUCAUAACAGUGCUAAAUGUGAGUUGUGAUUUUUAUCAGUGUUAGUAAAUUAUAGACCCUGCCUGUGCUUCUUUGACUCUACUUGGAGAACUACUGUAUUAAAGGGUUUUGUCUUAUUGAGGAAAUUCUUCAUCGGGGAAGUUCUUUGUAAAACUCUACAAUAAAGGGGUUUCCUUAAGUAGAACUUUUUUUUU